AUGGGGCCGAUCUUCCUCUCUCAAGCUCCUCUCUCUCGCACCACUUUCCUCGUGUUCUCUCCUCCCUGUGUCGCUCCUUCCUCAUGCCCAACCCUCUCUCCAACCUUGUCUUUUCCCAAGGGUCCAUCAUUCCUGUCAUCCACAAACUCUACCACAUGGGUGCCUGAGUGA